UGCACCGCCCCUCCUCCUUCCGUCCUCUCUCUGAUGUCUGGCCCCAGACCAUGGGCCCCUCAUUCCCCCUCUCCUCACCCCUCUUUCCUGGUCCCCUCUCAGGUAUGCCCCCCAUCUGCCCUUCCUUUCUGGACCCACGUCUGCCUGCCCAGCUCUCCUCUACACCUUUGUUCAUCCCUGGUCUCUGGCUAUUAUCUGUAUGUCUGUCCUUUAUUCCUGCAUCCCACUGAUUCUCCAGUCCACUGUUCCUCUCCCAAAGAUAUCUCUGUCCGCAAUCCUCUGUCCACCCAUCCCUUUCACCCCCAUGAAUGAUACACCAGCUGACUCUUGAUCUCAGUCCAUCUCAAGUCUCAAUCCCCGACUUUCCAUCUGUCUGUUCAUCUGUUCCUCUCUCCUCGGCCCUAGCUUGCCCUUCCCAUCAUCUCUGUCCCUGCUCCCCUCUUCUCUCCCUCCCUCAGCUUGGUCCCUAUCUCUCCAUCCUGCAUCUCCUUCUGUCCCCAGGAUGGAGUAGACACAUCCAUCUCUUCUCUCUCUCAUUUCCAUCCCUUUCCUAUUCCUCUCUCUGCCUGCCUCAAUCUGGCCUCCUAUCUAUUCCUCAGAUACUCCAAGCUCUUUACCACUCUAAAUGCCUGCUCAUGCUGUUCCUGAUGCCUGGAAUUCUUUCCCCUACCCCAUCCCAACUUCCCAUGGCUGUCUCCAUCUCGUCCUUCAGGCCUCCCUGACCAACCCCUCCCAGUUCCAUCUUAGCACAUUUUUCAAAGCACUUUUCACUGUUUGAGAGUAUUUUGUUUGUUUAUAUUUGCUGGUUUACUUGUUUACUCUUUGUCAUUCCUUGUGGGAUUACGACACUAGGAAGCCAGAGAACGUGUGGUUGUUCCCCUGCUGUGUCUGCAGCGGCCAGAACGGUACCUGGCAUGUAGUUGGCACUCAGUGUUGGUAUUUGUUGAAUGAAUGAACGAUGAAUAGCUGUCAACUGUCUGUCCAUCCUAAAUUCUGUCCCUUUUUCUGUAUGCCCUGAAUCUUUGUCUCCUUGUCUACACACCUUUUAUCUUUACCCCCUUGAGUGGACUUCCCGGUAUCUUCCCCCUUGUCCAUUUGUCCCUAUUGUCUGCCCUCUUGUCCAUUCAUGUCAAUCUCAACCUCCUUGUUUGUUCAACCACUGUUACCAUCUCCUGGUCUAUCCACCCCUAAUUUCUGUCCUGUUAUAUUUCUUCCUCUAACCUCUGUCACCUUGUCCGUUCAUCCCUAAUCUCUGCACCCUUGUCCACCUGCCCCUAAUCUCUGUCCUCUUCCUAUCCCUCCCCUACUUAUCUCUUUCCACCCCUUAUCUCUGCACCCCCACCAAUCCCCUGUCCCCCAUCCCAUUCCCCAUUGUCACCCUUGCCUGGGACCUCCCAAGCACAGGACCUGCCGGCCAUCAUGUCAGGAGACUACGAGGACGACCUCUGCCGGCGGGCACUUAUCCUAGUCUCUGACCUCUGUGCGCGGGUCCGAGAUGCCGACACCAGUGACAGGUGCCAAGAGUUCAACGACCUGCGGAUCCGAGGCUAUCCCCGGGGCCCAGAUGCAGACAUCUCCGUGAGCCUGCUAUCGGUCAUCGUGACGUUCUGUGGCAUUGUCCUUCUGGGCGUCUCCCUCUUCGUGUCCUGGAAAUUGUGCUGGGUGCCCUGGCGGGACAAAGGAGGCUCAGCGGUGGGCAGCGGCCCCCUGCGAAAAGACCUAGGCCCUGGGGUCGGGCUAGCAGGCCUGGUAGGCAGUGGCGGGCACCACUUGGGGGCUGGCCUAGGUGGCCAUCCACUGCUGGGUGGCCCACAUCACCAUGCCCACACUGCCCACCAUCCGCCCUUCGCCGAACUGCUGGAGCCAGGCAGCCUGGGAGGCUCUGACCCCCCUGAGCCCUCCUACUUGGACAUGGACUCAUAUCCAGAGGCUGCGGCAGCUGCAGUGGUCACUGGGGUUAAACCAAGCCAGACAUCCCCUGAACUGCCCUCUGAGGGUGGGGCAGGUUCUGGGCUGCUCCUGCUGCCCCCCAGUGGUGGGGGCUUGCCCAGUGCCCAGUCUCAUCAGCAGGUCACAAGCCUGGCACCCACCACCAGGUAUCCGGCCUUGCCCCGGCCCCUCACCCAGCAAACCCUGACUCAGCAGCCUGACGCAGGCAGUGAGGAGCGGCCACCAGCCCUUCCCUUACCCCUGCCCGGCGGUGAGGAGAAGGCCAAGCUCAUUGGGCAGAUCAAGCCAGAGCUGUAUCAGGGCGCCGGGCCGGGCGGGCGCCGUGGCGGCGGGGCCCCAGGCUCGGGCGAGGCAGGGGCACCGUGUGGCCGCAUCAGCUUUGCCCUGCGCUACCUCUAUGGCUCCGACCAGCUGGUGGUACGCAUCCUUCAGGCCUUAGACCUCCCAGCCAAGGACUCCAACGGCUUCUCGGACCCCUACGUCAAGAUCUACCUGCUGCCCGAUCGCAAGAAAAAGUUUCAGACCAAGGUGCACAGGAAGACCCUGAACCCCGUGUUCAACGAGACGUUCCAGUUCUCCGUGCCCCUGGCUGAGCUAGCGCAGCGGAAACUUCACUUUAGCGUCUAUGACUUUGACCGCUUCUCACGGCAUGACCUCAUUGGCCAGGUGGUGCUGGACAACCUCCUGGACCUGGCUGAGCAGCCUCCCGACCGCCCUCUCUGGAGGGACAUCGUGGAGGGCGGCUCGGAAAAGGCAGAUCUUGGGGAGCUCAACUUCUCACUCUGCUACCUCCCCACCGCUGGGCGCCUCACCGUGACCAUCAUCAAAGCCUCUAACCUCAAAGCGAUGGACCUCACUGGCUUCUCAGACCCCUAUGUGAAAGCCUCUCUGAUCAGCGAGGGUCGGCGUCUGAAGAAGCGGAAAACUUCCAUCAAGAAGAACACGCUGAACCCCACGUACAACGAGGCGCUGGUAUUCGACGUGGCCCCAGAGAGUGUGGAGAACGUGGGGCUCAGCAUCGCAGUGGUGGACUACGACUGCAUCGGCCACAACGAGGUGAUCGGCGUGUGCCGCGUGGGACCCGACGCCACCGACCCCCACGGUCGCGAGCACUGGGCUGAGAUGCUAGCCAACCCCCGCAAGCCUGUGGAGCACUGGCAUCAGCUGGUGGAGGAAAAGACUUUGACCAGCUUCACAAAAGGCAGCAAAGGACUGUCAGAGAAAGACAACUCAGAGUGAGGGGUCUGGCGUAGGCCUGGGAUUGGACCAGGCCCCUCAGGACCCCAUCCUUUCCUGCCCGGACCGUGAAUUCAUCUCCUUGAAGCCAUAACGUCCGAGCUGCGUGGUGCGGGGCAGCCCUGGGCCUCAUC